AUGGAGCGGGCUCCAAACCUGCUUCUCCUCUGCAUCUUCACCUUUGCCAUGGUCCUGGUCCCUGAAGCGAAGGACCAAAGCAAGGCAGCGAAGGGCAGGAGAAGGGGCCCGACACGGCCCCCCACAGAUGCUCCUGCGCUGGCCUGGGCCCUGGACGACUCCUACACCUCCAUGGCAGACUACGAGCGCAGCAUCCAGGACAUGGUACACCAGCUGAGGAACAGCUCCGAGCCAGGAGACACCAAAUGCCAGGUCAACCUGAGGCUCUGGAGAUCCAACCGGAGGAGCCUGUCCCCCUGGGCCUACAGCAUAAACCAUGACGCAACACGGAUCCCAGCAGACAUCCCUGAGGCCCGAUGCCUCUGCACCGGCUGCAUCAACCCCUUCACAAUGCAGGAGGACCGCACCAUGGCCAGCAUUCCCAUCUACAGCCGGCUGCCUGUCCGCCGGCUGCUCUGCCAGGUGCCGGGUGAGGUUGGGCACAAGCCCUCUGGGAAGAAGUGUCACAAGAAGUAUCAGAUGGUCAUGGAGACCAUUGCUGUGGGCUGCACCUGCAUCUUCUGA